AUGGAGCCCUACUCUCCCAAACGACCUGCUUAUGGAAGUAAAGUCGUGCAUAUUUUGUGCAGAUACGGCUUGACAAAAUUACUCUCCUCCAUUCUGCUUGACAUAAAGAAUGUCGAUGUCGAUGCGAUAGAUACAGAAUAUGGGCGGACAGCGCUAUCGUGGGCUGCCGAGAACGGCCACGAUACCAUUGUCAGGAUGCUCCUUGACACGGGCAAGGUCGAUGUCGAUGCAAAAGAUACAACUGGCUGGACAUCGCUGUCAUGGGCUGCCAGAAACGGCCACGAUACUACUGUUAGGAUGCUUCUUGAUACAGGUAAGGCUACUGAGAACGGCCAGGAUACUAUUAUUAGGAUACUUAUUGACACGGGUAAGGUCGAUAUCGAUAAAAAAGAUAUAUUUGGCUGGACACUGCUGUUAUGGGCUGCCGAGAACGGCCACGAUACCAUUGUUAAGAUGCUCCUUGACAAAGGCAACGUCGAUGUCGAUGUCAUUGAUGAGGAUAGUUAG